ACAGUAUCAACAUGGCUGACUUUGGCAGAAAAAAUAUUUUGGUUGAUAAAAAAUACGUCAAAUAACAACUUCUGACAGGAAGUCCUUAACACCGACACCAAGAACUUCUACUUUCUGAAGAGUCCAUUACUCUGUAAGAAUGGAUAUAUCUGAGGGUGUGAUGUGUUCCCACUGUAACACACGUGUCUACAGACAGUUGUUAGUGGAUCAUGUACAGCAGGAACUCCUGAGUGAGACCACCUGCCGCCCCUGUUCGGACCUUGUGCAGACGCUGACAGACCUGCUGUGUGCCCUGCACCUGUACGGACACCUGAAACCACCUGUCAUCAACAUCACCUGCUGCAGGUGCAGCUUCCAGGCCGGAAGUGUGGAGAAGUUUGUGGAACAUCUUCAGGUGAGUUGUGAGAAAGUUGCACCUGCACAGGAUACAGCUGUAUCAGAUGCUUCAGCUGAGCAAGGUAGCUUCAAAGACAGCUGUCAGACAUACAAUGCGGAAAAUGAGGAUGAACCGGUUGGUACCAGUUCACAGGGACAAGACAUGGGAGACUGGGACGGUCAACAGUUUCAGAAAAUGAUGAGCACGCUACUGACAGAUAUGUCCGGAAAGGGUCGCCAGAAAACGAGCUCCGAGCACAACACAGGAGGAAACUGCAUAGCGACGAUAGACAUAUCUUCUGUGUUUGAAAGCCAGGACGAUGACACUUCCAUUGGACUUAUUAUGGAGUGUGAAAGAGUUAAAGAACCAAACCCAAGUCAAAAUGUGGUAGAGCAUGAUACAGAAAAUCAAGAAAACUUUUUCAUAUGUCCAAAAAGUGAGAUGUCAGAAGACAGAAGUAAGGGAUGAUUUAGAUAAAGAUGAAGACUUUACAACAAAUGGAAAGAAAAAUAACAAGACAGUAAAGAUGUCAACAGAAAAGAAUCAGCAACUUGAAGGUUUCUUGAAAUGUCACACCUGUGGUUACUCAGACCAGAAGAAAGAAGACUUAGAGUCACACAUGUUGGAGAGUCAUGGUAAAGUGGGGUACAAGUGUGACAAUUGUGACUUUGUGGCAACAACUGUUGGAAAAGUUCACCAACAUCAGUUAGGACACCGAAGGACUCAUAAAUGCAAUGAAACUCGUCAUAAAUCCCCUUCAAUGCUUUCCUGCAAGAUAUUUGGAAAAGAAGUUCCAAAGCCAUCCAACAAGAGGCACUGCCAAAGACACCAAGGAAACUUCACAUGCCCUAUUUGCUCCAAGUCCUUCCAGAGCAAAGUUGCUCUCAAGAUACACUCGGAUGUCAUCCACGAAAACAAAGUCCUGAAGUGUUCUCACUGCGAGAAAACGUUUAAGUCGUAUGGCGGUUACAUGGUGCACCGGCAUGUUCACAUUUCAAAGGAGCACACAUGUAAAGACUGUAACAUGAAGUUUCGCAGCAAAACUCAACUGUAUAAUCACAGAAGUAGAGCACACCUCUCUCUUAAAGAGUGUGAGGUCUGCGGAAAGCUCUUUGAUUUGUCAAGGCUAGAUGACCACAUGAAAACUCACAUGGGGGAAGAGGCCAAAGUGUAUAAGUGUACGCUGUGCCCCGCAUCUUUCAAGUGGUCACAGACGUUGAGAAGGCACCAGAGUAUCCAUGAAGGUUUGAAGAAAUGUAGUGAAUGUAAAAAGGACUAUCGAGGGUCAAGGCAGCUAAAGAGACACAUGGCAAAAGCACAUAAAGAACAAACAUAAAGAAGAUUUUGGGAACCAAAAGCAUAUUGUAUUCAAUGUGGCCUUUAUAGAAUAGGCAGUUACAAACUUACAAGCUUGUAGAUUCAAGAAUACUGAAAAUAUUUUCAUCAAACACAAAAAGCAAGAUUAUUGGACCAAUUUUUUGACAGAUCAAUUAAAAAUGGAAACAGAUUUCACAUCAUUGGCAGUGAAAAGCUACACCAGUAGUACACCAGUUUAUCAUUUGUUUGUAAAUCACACAUAAAGUUGGAAAACACAAAUUAAUAUUUCAAAUAUGAUAACAGAACAGAUGUUACUUCAGAUUAGCAGAUUGAAGACACCUAAAGAAUGUGUCUUACAUGUAUAACUCAAAACAAAAAGAGAUUUAACAUUGUUGGCAGUGUACAGCUUAUGACUCCUGUCUUUCAAUUGCUUGUGUAUUACUAUAGUUUUCAUUGAACAAUGUUUAACUUAACAAACACCAUGUUUCUUAAAUCCUGAUAUAGCUCACUGUGUAGUGUUACUGUAGUGAUAUGAAGAUACAAAUAAGACUCUGAUUACAUAUUCACUAUAAGCAAAACCUAUUUUACAAUUGUCAUCAUCCAAGAGCCCCACUAUGUAUACAAGACUGGCUAUGUUUUUUAGUGGCAAAUAGCUUUUAAUGUCAGGAAGAAGCGGUGUAGGGUUGGGCCUGUUAAACUAGUUUAAGGGAAAAUUCGAGAUAAGCUAAUUUUGGUGUUGUAAGACAGUGGAAAAUCUUCAAUAGUUUAAGCGUAGGUUUGCGGAAAGUUUGAUGACACCAAAGAAUGUCGCAUCCUCUGCCGUGGAUACCUCACAUCUGUCACACUCUUAAGUCUAGAUU